AUGGCAACUCAGCAACACGUGAUGUUGUCGUAUCAGUGGAAUGUUCAGAGCCUAGUGGAGCAAGUCUAUCAAGGCUUACGUCAUCUUGGUAUCAAUGCCUGGAUGGAUGUGCACGGUGGCAUUACAGGAAACAUAAAUGACAGGUUGGUUAGCUAAGUUAAUUUACCGCUGGUCUGUGGGGCGGGCGAGUGAGAACCCUACCUAGACGAGCAACCUGGAAAACAUUUGUAUAAAGCCCAAAACAACUGCAUAAUGUGAUGCGUACUGCGGACGUAGUAACUUGUCUUAAAAGAAAGAGGCUAUUUUUCAAGCGCCCCUGUACAGUGCCUCUAAGGUCGGCUGCAUAAAAACGUACAGUCAGGAAAGUUUGAAUGAACUUGACAUCUGAAGUCCGUGUUGACGUCAGACGUUACGAUUUGUUCGAUUGACUCCUGACACCUACCUUGACGAACCCCCUUCAAGAAAAACUUCAAACAUUAUCUGUUCUUCUAGAAGACGCUCAUAUUGUAUUUGCGCGUCCUUUGCUUCUGUUUAGUAUGGCUUAUGGAGUGGAUAAUGCUGCUGUUGUUUGCUGUUUUAUGACUUCCGAUUAUUGCGUAAGUUUUAUUCAUUCCUGUGGUCUUCCAUGCCUCCUCCUUUAACUUAUAAUUAACUAUUCUGAUUACCUGUAAUAGUUUUUAGAAAUAAGAGUAAGGAGCCUGACUCAUACAAGUUCGUAUUAGUAAGACCAAAAGGAAAAAUAUAAUUAUUAUUAUUUUUUUACUGACAAAUAAAUUCAAACACGUGUUGGGUUAUACCAUAAAAAGGCGAAGCAAAGUUUAUACCUCUGUUUUUGUGGUGUAUAUGCAGGGACAUUAGGAACUUGCUUAGCCCAUUUCAGUAGGCCCUCACUUAGAGUUUUUUAAAUUCUGGCUGACUCUUUUACAGAUAUGACAACGCUUCAUGGAUACUUUUCUUUCGGCAUCGCCUAGGUUUUUCUUUAAAUCUAAUGGUGUGCUCUGCUUUCAGGGUUCUAGGAAUUGUAAAAAGGAACUAAACUAUGCUGAUGGACAAACUAAAUCGAUUGUGCCUGUAAUGUGCGAGAAAGGCUUCAAAGCCCAAGGCUGGCUUGGUAUCAUUACAGCUGGCCUCUUAUGGAUUGACUUUAGGUAUAUAGACAAGUAAUUUGCUUAAUUUGCUCGCAGUCUUAAAGAAGGUUUUUACAUGAGAAAAAGGUUCAACUCUGACAGGACUGGUUUAGAAUGAUCACAAACAUGGCCACCGUUUAAUUUCAUUGUUUUUGGGGCACGAAUAUGGCAGACCGUAAGGUCCUGUGAGAACGCUCUGUAUUCUUGUGCACAUGCCGUUCGGCAUCGACAUUCCAGUCCAGUUAGCGGUGUACAUACUGUAGCUCAGUGGUAGAGUAGCUAAACUAGUGACCAGUAACUCAUAACUUCUAUUCCUGUUGGGACAAGUCGAUUUUUUUUUCGAGGCACCUGACGAGGUUACUUAAUGUGUCUCUUGCUAAGCUCGGCGCAUCACGCGCGAAUGCCGGUCUUCUAGGUUCGAGAGAAUACGAUUUGCCGGCGUGAAAUCUCAAAUGAAUACCUGGUUGGUCUACCGAGAGAGCGGCAACACAUGGCAAACUACACACUAUAUAUUAUAACAUAACAAGAAAUAUUGUAAGAAAGCCCAUCCCGACUGAACAGAAUGUCUCUCUUCUGCUGUUAUCGAAAAUGAAUUUUGUAUGUCUUAAGACUUGCUGAUCGUUCUGGCAAAGGGCUAUCUAAGACCAAACCAAACUGUGAGCUAUUUAGAGAGGAUGUCACUUGAUCGUUGCAAGAACUGAUUAUUCCGUUCCUGUCUUUCUGUACUCUUGCAACUAACUGGAGACUCUUCUAGAGCGAAUUCAAAUUUAGUGUGCUAGUGUUUGGGGAGAGGGGCAAACUGGAGUUGCAAAGAGAAAAGAACCAACAAUUCAAACUCAACCCAUAUAAUUAGGCUGAUUUAGCAACAGAACGGGAACGUCAGUUGACGACGGCGCGCGCAAAUCAAACAACUGGCUUGACCAAUGGAAGAGGGGCAAAUUGAGCACCGGAAGUCGUGUUUAGUCCUUUCCGCGCCCUUUCCCGUCGUCAACUGACGUUCCCGUCCUGUUGCUAAAUCAGCCUAUUGACGUCGACGCCGGGACUCGAACCCAAGCCACAUUGGUGAGAGUUCAGUCCUACCGGAUGUUUCUUGGUGUUACAUCUACCAUUGCGUCAUCCCUGUUUCUCCUGUUAUGAAUUCAGACCGUAAAUGUUCCCUAUCUACCUCGCUUUUGAGCCCCGGCUACCAGGCAGUCAAAUUAAUUCCUGCAAGCCCAAGUUAGCCCUCGGAAAGAAAGGUCGACUUUUCGCACAAUUUUCGCUCACCGCUCACAGAAAGUCGGCCAAUGGACAAGUCUACUAAGAGAUCCGAAUUAACUGACAAUUUCUUAAGUUUUCAUUAUUAGAGACGGAACUGUGUUCGAAAAUUCCUUAGCAUCCCUAGCAAAAGAGAUCGUUAACGCCCUGGAUUCGGGUGUGCCGGAAAGUGCCAUAAAACUGAGCUCAUCUGAAAUUCCACAAGAAAUGGACCUCCCGACAGUGGACAUCCAAAAGAAACCCGGAAGGGCCUUUUUACACAAACUCACUGGAAAAUUCUUGGCAGAAUCAGGUAAAGACAUCUUCAUAUGAACUUCCUACUGAUUUACUAAAUGUACGCAAUCCAUCCAAAGUUAAACAGCGGCUAUUGACAUAGCCUACGUUGCAAACUUAAUUUACUUUUACUUUACAUAAAUGGUGUUCAUUUUUGCUCGGAAAAUUUAUUAUUAUUAUUUUUUAAGAUGACACUAAUAUCCUUUACGCUGGCAAAAAAUUCAGUGAAAUCCAUCUAGACUUGGUAUACAAAAGAAUGCGUUUUCUCCUGUUGGCCCAAAGAUAUGGAACGAGAUGCCAAAAAGCCAGGAGCCGAUUACUGAAAAAGCUUAAAAAACAUGCCAAAGAAGACCUUCAGAAAAGACUCAAAGGAGCAUUAUUAAAUAUUUUGAAAACCGAAGAGAACUAUACAGAGAACUACAAAAUCAUGGCAAAUCUGAAAAAUACAUUUACUUAUAUCUUCUAUAUAUACAUACAGAUUGAAAUUUACAAUAAAUAGAUAAACUUGAACCUGCUUAUGAUAUAGUUAAUACAGCGUUUGGGUCCCCUAUGGUUACCGCGUUAACUAUGCCAAAGAGGCUGAGGAGUCUCUUAAACUUUUUACUUAAUUGCAUUAGGCCAAGUCAAGUUUCAUCCCGCGAGUGGAAGCCGCAGUACUCUGGUUUUGAGAGACCACCCUGAAGACACCAGCUACUGGGUUGAGGAGAAACAAAGCAAAAGCGAAAUUCAUUUCUUUAAGAACUACGCCACAAACGGUUACCUGGGUAAGAUGACAUUUUUAAUCAAAAUGAGUUGAUUUUUUUACUAUUAUUUAUUAAAAUGAGUUUUAGAAAGAAAGCAGUACUUUGCUUUGAAUUACACUGAUGUAUAUGCGACACAUUCACCUUGAACGACCGAAAAUUUGCCAAAGGGUUAAUAAAGUUGACGAAGUUUAAAAUGAGUCGGUGUGGCAGCUGCUCCGAAGGCAAGUCACUAAUGGUGCCUAACCCUGACACCAAGCAGUCCUGAAACAAUUGAAACUUUUACAGCCAAAUCUUAGUAUGCAAACUACAAGGAAGCAUAUGCAAAAAACAAACAACAACAAUAACGUUCUGCUGAGAAUUCACAUAAGGCACAAGAAAUGUACGGAAUCUUUACUGAACGAAGAUUACUUUUACAGCCAAAUCUUAGUAUGCAAACUACUAGGAAGCAUAUGCAAAAAACAAACAACAACAAUAACGUUCUGCUGAGAAUUCACAUAAGGCACAAGAAAUGUACGGAAUCUUUACUGAACGAAGAUUAUUCAGUUAAGUUAAGUGAUCGUAGGCGCAGGAAAAUCGACUCAAAAGAAGCCAGUUUCUUUCCUAGGAGUUCCUUCUCACGUCCAUCUCACUUGGUGCGUGUUGUGUCUAGGGAAGACUGCGCUGCGCGCAAUGGGUUUAAGGCAUUCUCUGUUUUCUGCGCGAUAGCAACGCAUGGACAGAACUUACGAAAGCAAAGUGCAAGCUCAGCCCUCGAUGGAUGUGUUUUACUUUUUCGUUUAAGCUAAUGUUAUGGAGAAGAAUUAAACUCUAAUUAUAAAUUGCUUUGCACGGUCAACUAGUUUUACCAUCUCCCUGACCUACCCCGACGUGGCGCAAAUGAUUUCUACGAACCAGGAUUCCUUUUUUUUUCUAGUAACUUUUGUCACAAACUGAAAAAAAUCAUUUCUAUUUCUUUCUUUUAUUUCUUUUCUUCCACAGGGUACGACCCUAAUGGAGAUUAUAUUUACACCAAGGGUCAACAUUACGGCGCGGAAGAAUGGAUCCUAAAAGCUGAUGAGCAGUCUACCGACGGCCGUCGAGCCGUGGUUCUGUUUGCAAACUUCGGCAAAAAGUAUUUGGCAAUUAGGAAUGGAGAACUUACUGGAGUGGCUGGUUACUCCGAAGACUGCGUCUGGAUUUUGGAUUAA